AAGUUUACACUGUGUAGAGUAAAAUACCGAACAGGCUGCAUAUUUACAUACAUUCUUUACAUUACAUUGCAUUGCAUAGUAUUUUCUAUUUAGGUAAAGACAAAAUGCGAAAAAAUCAGUUUUUUAAAGACUUUAACGUUUUAACUAAUUUGUACUUGACACCUUCUGAAACAUCGUCAUAACUAAACACUAAAGUUAUCAAAAUCCAUUUGUAGUACAAAUUUUGUACACAUCGAAUUUAGGAAUUUAUAACAUUGAAUGUUAAAUUAAAACAAGUAAGAAAUUCUUACUAAGAAAUUCUUCCCAUAUUUACUUAAUUAUGGAAUUGGCAAUCAUUGGACAACAGCCUCAUGGCGAAAUAUCGUCCCCAAGUCCGUACGUCCGCCUGGAUCGUGAACCCAAUAUUGAAUCGUUCCUCUGCAAAGGCACACCUCCUCCAAAGAAUGACGUUUGCUUCGCUUGUGGAGGGUCCCCCUUCAUCCAGAAAGGUCAAUCGGUUCGACGCCACAUGGAGAUAAUCGCCCUAUUCAAGGAUCUCGUUAUUACGCCUCCAUUUCGAGCUAAACUGUCCCCCAAGACUUAUAACCAAUUUGUCGCCAAUGUUGCCGCUUGUGAAAAUUGCUGCACGCUGGUGAGGGAGAUUUGGGGGGUAAGACUACGGCUCAUCUCGACCCAGAAGCAUUUGGACAGGCUGGUCGCGAAAGGAAGGGAAACAUUACUAAUAUCUCAAGCAAGAAAGCGGAAGAGAAGUAAAUGUUCUGUAUUUUCUAAACUUUAAUAGGACGAAAUUUGGUGAAAGAAUGUCAUGAAUUUGGCAAGUAAGUGAAAUCUCGUGCACACGAUUAGUCACAAAUUGGUCAGACUGAAAAAUUGCCACCGCGCGCUGCCGCAAACUUGGUCGGCGUCGAUGGGUCAUAAUUACAGAAAAAAAAUUUUAAUCGGAAAAUUAUAUGCAGACAAUAUUACUUUCGUCGCCUCCUCUCCUCAGGAUCCCAUCCCCCCAGAAGAACUUGACGCGUUACCUGACGUAGUCGUGAAAGAAGAGGUCGAUGACGACAUUUAUUUUGAUGAAGUUAUCUUUCCCACAAAUUCAGAAGAAAGUGACCACCAUCAAGAGAUCCAGCCAAUUAUAGAAACUACUGAAUCUAGCCCUAGUCAACAUGAAGUUGGCCACAAUUCAGAUGACGAGCCUUCGCAAAUUUUAACCCUCGACGAAGAUAAGAAAAACUUUGAAAAUUGCCAAUCAAGCAAGGAACAUCCACUUGAUUAUUUCUCGUCUUCUGAGCAUCAACCUAAAUCCCCAUCGGAGAAAAUAAAGCGUCGAAGAAGACGCAAAGCUAAAAUUCAAAGGGUCACACACGUUCCUCUCCCACCCCCACCUACAAAAUAUCUAUGUUCCAAAUGUGGCAAAGAAUUCAAAACUUCGAUAUCCCUGCUUUCGCAUGAAGUCACAGUCUGCAAAAUUUUACAUGACAAACUUUACCUGGAAUCAAGGGGGCUAAAAAGGUACGAAUGUGACCACUGUGACACGAAGUUCGUUAGUCACAAAGAUUAUGAAAGGCACUAUUUACGCCACAUCUCUGUAAAACAACAUCCUUGCCAUCAAUGUGGAAAAUCCUUCAAGCAAAUCUAUAAUUUACGCGUUCAUCAAAAAUCUGCAUGUCGUCAGGCUUCCGAAAUUGAUAUCGCUGCAAAAAAUAAACGCCUCGAGGUGGGGCGUAUCAUACGGGCCAAAUAUGUCCACAAGUGUCCCAACUGUUCGCGAAAAUUUCCCUCCACAGCCAAGCGCGACGAGCAUGUCGCCAAUGUACACAAUGAGACGGACGAAAAAUUUGCAAUAUGUGACAUCUGCGGCGUCUCUAUAUCUACAAAGGGCGGAAGUGGAAAUAUGCGAGAGCAUUUGAGCCGUGUCCACUUGAGGGUGGCGAGAUGGACCUGUCCCCACUGCAAGAAAGGCUUCUUCCAAAAGCGAGAUUGGGCAAGUCACGUGGAACGUGUGCACGGCAAUAUUCCUGGAGAUAAGGUGACCUGAUAGAGUGACCUCAAGUACCCAAAUAUCACGAUACGCACAACGUCAAGUCACAAAUUAUUUACUUUUUAAAACAUUUUGGUACAAUAAACGUACGGAAUUCAAGUUA